AUGUUGAAUGGUUUAUGCUUAGAAUUACGUUUUACUGGUGAUUUACAAAUUAAACCAGCUAGUCAAUUUGAUCUAUACACUAACUGUAUUCAAAAUAAUGAAAAAGCACCAGUGAUUCAUCGUAGUCCCACACCAUCGGAAUUAAUUACAGUAGAAAAAAAUGAUACAUUGGAUUUUGCCGAAAUGAAUUUUGAUCUUUCUGCCAGAUUGCAUAAACCUACUGAUCAACCAAUAGAAGAUGUAAAGAAACGUGCAAAAUUAUCGCCUACAGAAUUAUUAAGUAAACAUGCAAGAAUACAAUUACAUGAAUUGUUAUCAGAUACAGCGUGUAUUUUUGAAAUUGAACCAAUGGAAUCAUUGGAAGAGAAAUAUUCCGAACGUAGCAAUAUAAAAUUGCAAUACCUGUCAGAAUUGAUCAAUAAGCCUACUCCUAAGGAUCCAGUUGACCAAAAUAAAGAUGAACGUAAUGAUAAAGUUAAAAAAUUUGUGGGAGAUUCUACUUUCGGGUAUGAACAGGCAAAUGAAACACUUGAAAAUUAUGAAACUCUGGAUAAUAUAUCUACAGAAAAUAAAUCCGUAGAAGACCAGCCAUUAUCACCAACGAUCAUCAAUCAAGAUUUAUCUAAUCGUUUCGAGACUAUGAUAGAAAACAGUGAAAUAAGAAAAUCCAGUGAAUUUAUAAGGAAAAUACAUGAUUUAUAUCAUGUUGGAACUGUUGAAAUUUGGUUAGUUCCACCAUAUGAUAUGCCACAACUUGAAGGUAAAGAAGACGAAGAGCCACAGGAAAUACAACCGGAAACGCCAGUUAAUGUUAGAGUGUCUACUUCAAAACCAGACUUAAGAAGUAUCAGCAGCUCUAGACCUUAUACAAAUAAGGAAUUCACAUCAUCUACACCAUCCAUGGCUCGAUCCAAAUCUUCAUUUCCUCAUACACGAGAAUCCAAAGGUCUUUCAGAUUAUAAUGUUCUAUCAUACCAGAAUCAAAGGUCACAUCAUAUAAUUCGUUUGAACACUGUUCAUGGAAUAGAAAUAGCUACAGAUAAAUCUCCGUCUGGUAUGAUAAUGGAAGAUUUCCCUUCCGAUUUAAAAUCACCUUUGGCUACUUAUGAUAUUAUGAUUGAUCCUGAUAUCGUUUCUAAUUAUUUAAGGAUAAUGUCUAACGAAUCGAAAAGUUUAAACAAUAUGGAAAUUGCAAAUGAUGCUUUAGAGGAAUCUGCAAAAAUUAAUCCUAGUGUAAUACCAAAACAAUUUGACAAAAUUCAACGUAAUCUAAAAUCAAGUGUUCAGAGAAAAUUAUCAAAUUCAGCACCCAAUAAGCGCGGUAUUAUUAGUGCCAGAUCUUUAAAUACAAAAGUUCCAAACUUAGGAGUCUUGACCUUAGAUGACUUUUUAGCCGCUUUACCAGAAACAACUUUUGGAGGCAUCGCGCCAAAUGACGACGAUGACAAAAAUGUCACCCAGAUAGAAUUAUUAUCGUGA